AUUCUUAUUUUAAAACCGUGUAUCGCACGAGGUUAAUGUAGUUACAAUACAAUAAACAACCAUGCAUCGCAUGGGUUUAAGACUAAUUUUUUUUAAAAAAAAAAAAAAAAAAAACAACGUGACACAUGUCCACACGGGCACGAUUUACUAGUUUUGGCGCAAAACUCUCCUCCACCGUUACUUGAAAAUUGAAAUGUAUGCAAACAAAAAAAUCCAUCACAAAUAUCAAAAUUAUCAAUCAAUUACUUUCCUUUCCUAAAAAAAAGCAAGAAGACGACUACAAAUUCCAAAAUUACUCCUCACUCUUCAGCUCUUCUUCCCUUCCAGUCUCCCAAAAUAUCUCCUUCUUUUUCUCUCACUAAUCCAUCUAUGGCGUCUUCUCACUUGCUUCAUCCCACCAUUGCAAUACCCCUCAAACAUUCAAAUCACGCACUUCAUUCCAAAUCCUUCCUCAAACCCCAAACAACAACAAUCUAUGUUAAGGGUUUCCGAAUUCGAGCUUCUGAUGGGACCAACAAUGGCGAUUCUUACCUUAAAAUGUGGAAGAAAGCUGUUAAUCGGGAGAAAAAGGAGAUUGAGUUUAAUACGAUUGCCCAGAAUUUGCCCCCUGUUGAUGGUGAGGAAACCCCAGAUGUUUUGGAAAGGAAGAGUAAUGAGUUCCAGAAGAUUCUGGAAGUUUCUAAGGAGGAGAGAGAUAGGGUUCAGAGGAUGCAGGUUAUUGAUCGUGCUGCUGCCGCCAUUUCUGCUGCUCGUGCUCUUCUUAAGGAUAAGAAGGCUGCUGCCGUUGCCGAUGCCGCCAGUUCGAGUGCUACAGUUCGAUCCAAUAGCAAUGGGGUUUUGAGCUCGGAAACUCCCAAUGGAGGAAUAGACAAAGGAAGCAGUUACAAGCGACAGUCCAGAAUUUCUGGAGAUGGGCCACCUGGUCCAGACUUUUGGUCUUGGACACCUCCAUCAGUGGAUGAUUCAAAUCAAAAUGAUGUCGGUAACUUACAGAAAGCCCCAAAAACCUUUGGAAAUCCAUCUCCAACAAAUAGUGUGAUUGAGAAAGAGAGAUCUGCUGAUUACCUCUCAAUACCAUUGGAGAGCACUUACUCAGAAAGCAACCUAAUCCCACCUCUCCCACCUUUUCAAUCUUUGCUGGAGGUGCACAAAAUAGAAGCUCCUGAUGCCAGUCAAGAGAACCCUGUAAUGAGUGAGGAAAUUGAUUCUCAGUUCUCAGCUCAUGCAGCUGAAGCAGCUAAUGCUUUAAAUAGUGUAGAAGAAAAACCAUCUUACCAAAUAAAACCUGAUGGAGCUAGGAUAUGGAAUGAGACAGGAGUGGAAACAAGAUCCGAUGGUGUUGUUUGCAGAUGGACAUUAAACAGAGGUGUAACGGCUGAUGGGGUUGUAGAAUGGGAAGAGAAAUACUGGGAGGCAGCCGACGAAUUUGAUUACAAGGAACUUGGGUCAGAGAAGUCUGGUCGUGAUGCCAUGGGAAAUGUUUGGCAUGAGUAUUGGACGGAAACAAUGUGGCAGGAAGAUGGUCUUUUACACAUGGAGAAGACUGCAGAUAAGUGGGGAAAGAAUGCAAAGGGUGAGGAGUGGCAAGAGAAAUGGUCGGAGAAGUAUAAUGCCUCUGGGAAAGCUGAUAAGUGGGCACACAAGUGGUGUAGUAUCGAUCCCAACACUCAAGUUGAGGUUGGUCAUGCUCAUGUUUGGCACGAGAGGUGGGGAGAAACAUAUGAUGGUCAAGGUGGAAGUAUAAAGUACACUGACAAAUGGGCAGAGCGCUGGGAAGGAGACGCAUGGGUAAAAUGGGGUGAUAAAUGGGAUGAGAACUUUGAUCUAAAUGCUCACGGAAUUAAGCAGGGGGAGACCUGGUGGGAAGGUAAGUAUGGUGACCGUUGGAACCGCACUUGGGGCGAGCAACAUAACGGCUCUGGAUGGCUGCACAAGUACGGUAAAAGCAGCAGUGGAGAGCAUUGGGAUACCCAUGCGCAGGAAGAUACCUGGUAUGAGAGGUUUCCACACUUUGGUUUUAUGCAUUGCUUUGAGAACUCUGUGCAGCUAAGGGAAGUUAAGAAGCCAUCUGACACAUGAUAACUUAUGUGUUAAUAAUUCUUUUAGAUUAUACUUCAGAAAUUACUAAACUGUCAAAAAAAAAAAAAAAAAAAAACUUUCUUUGUACAAAUUGUUAUCAUAUAGUCAAAUAGAAUAUUGUAUUGGAUAUUGACGUAUCAAUACACUUUGCCCAUAGACCAUAUUUUUUUGUGUUAAAACUCA